UGCCUGACCUACCGCAGGCUCUCGGCGAGUGUUUAUGGAGUAAAUGACUAAUGUUUAAUGCUUUGAGGGCUUGCCCAAGGAGCAUUAUUAUCUCUUCUGUCUUUACUGUGGGAUAGGAAUUGAAUUUGCUUAAGGGAAUUCCUGUUAAAUAAACUUGGGUAAAAUAGGCCAGAAAGAUGGUUUUGUGUGUAUUAUAUAUUUAUUUUUUAUUACAGAUGACAGGAUUGGACAUUGAGAAGGACCAGAUUAUUGAGAUGGCCUGUCUGAUAACCGACUCUGAUCUCAACAUUUUGGCUGAAGGCCCUAACCUGAUCAUAAAACAGCCGGAUGAGCUCCUGGACAGCAUGUCAGAUUGGUGCAAGGAACAUCAUGGGAAGUCUGGUCUAACCAAAGCAGUGAAGGAGAGUACAAUGACACUGCAGCAGGCAGAAUAUGAAUUUCUGUCCUUUGUACGACAGCAGACUCCUCCGGGGCUCUGUCCACUUGCAGGAAAUUCAGUUCAUGCAGAUAAGAAGUUUCUUGACAAAUACAUGCCCCAGUUCAUGAAACAUCUUCAUUAUAGAAUAAUUGAUGUGAGCACUGUUAAGGAACUGUGCAGACGCUGGUACCCGGAAGAAUAUGAAUUUGCACCAAAGAAGGCUGCUUCGCACAGGGCACUGGACGACAUUAGCGAAAGCAUCAGAGAACUUCAGUUUUACCGAAAUAACAUCUUCAAGAAGAAAACAGACGAGAAGAAGAGGAAAAUCAUGGAAAACGGGGAGAACGGGAAGACUGUGAGCUGAUGCCGGUGCCACCACUCAGGUCUCUGGGAGCAGCUCUGGUGGUGUUGUUCACGCCGAUUGCUUGGCAGGCACCCCCUCUCCGUUACCUCGCACCUCCAGAUUACUCAAGCAGACAGCACCUGAAAUACUACUUUUCCCCUAACACGCUGUUUUCAUUUAUGACACAGCAGCAACUUUGUAAGUGCCGAGUCAUGCCCAUCCCUUGGUACAAAUCUGCAUUUGCUUUUAGACCAUUUCUUUUGUUUUUUAAAAAAGAAUAAAGCUAGUUCUAUUGAAAUGCAAA